AGAAGCCCUCUUCUCAUGAUCCGCCAUUAGCUGGAGGUUAGUGGUGGAAUCUGUUUCAAGAUGCAGAUCUUUGUGAAAACCCUGACGGGAAAGACUAUAACCCUUGAGGUUGAGCCUUCCGAUACAAUCGAAAAUGUCAAGGCCAAAAUUCAAGACAAAGAAGGCAUCCCCCCUGAUCAGCAGAGAUUGAUUUUUGCUGGCAAACAGCUGGAAGAUGGGCGCACUCUGUCUGACUACAAUAUUCAGAAGGAGUCCACACUUCACCUUGUGCUGAGACUCCGUGGUGGUGCCAAGAAGAGAAAGAAGAAGUCUUACACCACACCCAAAAAGAACAAGCAUAAGAGAAAGAAGGUCAAGCUUGCUGUGCUCAAGUACUACAAGGUUGAUGAAAACGGCAAAAUCCACCGCCUGCGUCGUGAGUGCCCUGCUGACGAAUGCGGUGCAGGGGUCUUCAUGGCCAGCCACUUUGACAGACACUACUGUGGAAAGUGCUGUCUGACUUACUGCUUCAACAAGCCUGAAGACAAGUAAAAUGAACAUCUAAUUUAAUAAAGAUUCUCCAACAA